UCCCCCGGCAGUUUCCCAGGGAGACGCACAAGUAAACAAUUCUGCGCAGCAAAAACAGCUCACAGCAGAGGCGCACUCAGAUCUGUCUACAGGGAUAGACUUUCUGUAUUAGAAACUAUUCUAGAUUUACAACAGUUCAUUGUUUCAGAAGUUUUUCUUAUUAAAAUGGAUAUGAAAAAACGUGCAACUUCGGCAGGCUACCGUUUACCGGAUCCCAGAAAUGUGACACAGUCAUCGUUGGUGUCUAUGGGUCCAAGUAAAAUACACAACACAGGUGCCAGCAAGGAUUCGAAUCCCGAAACCCGUGACCCAGUAAAGCAGGAUCAAGUGUGGCGGGAAUUCGUGCACGCCGAAAUGAAAGGAGCGAAGGAGUGGCAGAAGAAUUGGAGUUUUCUCAAAAACUAUGACCAGUUGGGUGAACUCCGAUCAGAGACCCCAUUACCAAGCCACGUGUCACUUUACUCUGACCACCUCCCCCACACCGCUAACCAAAUGUUGGGAAGUCGCCUCUACACCCAGCUGGGUAUGGAGCUGGUGAGGAUGGAUAAGUUGCUACUUCUGAGCAGAAACCAUCACAAGUGCAAGCAAAGCCUGGAUCUGCUGUCUUGUUAAGGACAGCCAUAGUCCAUGGCCCACCUGACACAUCCUUCCAUCACAGUUCAGAUUCACUUCAUAGCCUUGUUGUCAAGUUAAUCUAACUGUUGCCAAAUUAAUCCUCAUAGCCUAUUUUUAGAGAUAAUUUAUUACGGUUUAUAUUGUGUGUUUUUAUGUGUGGUAGUUUUCCGUUGUAAACUGCUACAAUCCCCUCUGCCUGAUAAAAUAAUACAUUUUACAUAAUUUGGUUUGACAAACAUAAGUGCCAUAAUACUGUAUGUUAGCCCAGAGGUGAUCCCAAAUGCCAUGCCUUUCAUUAAAGGAGACUAUUUUACA